CAUAAAAACUCGGUGCUUCUCAUUGUUCUUCCCACUCACACCCGGAGUCAAGACAGGCUGAGGUGACUCACAAACGAGGACUAGACCUACUCAGGCAAAAUGGUGAAAGUUGGUAUCAAUGGAUUCGGCCGUAUCGGUCGUCUGGUGACCCGUGCUGCUUUCCACUCCAAGGUGGUGGAGAUUGUGGCCAUCAAUGACCCCUUCAUCGACCUGGAGUACAUGGUUUACAUGUUCCAGUAUGACUCUACCCACGGCCGCUUCAAGGGUGAGGUCAAGGUUGAGGGUGACAAGCUGGUCAUCGAUGGCCAUAAAAUCACCGUCUUCCACGAGAGGGACCCUGCCAACAUCAAGUGGGGUGAUGCUGGUGCCCAGUAUGUGGUUGAGUCCACUGGUGUGUUCACCACCAUUGAGAAGGCCUCUCUUCAUCUGAAGGGUGGUGCCAAGAGAGUUAUCAUCUCUGCCCCCAGUGCUGAUGCCCCCAUGUUUGUCAUGGGUGUCAACCACGAGAAGUACAACAACACCCUUCAGGUUGUCAGCAACGCUUCCUGCACAACCAACUGCCUGGCUCCUCUGGCCAAGGUCAUCAAUGACAACUUCGGCAUCAUUGAGGGUUUGAUGAGCACAGUUCAUGCCAUCACCGCCACCCAGAAGACUGUGGACGGUCCCUCUGGCAAGCUGUGGAGGGACGGCCGUGGCGCCAGCCAGAACAUCAUCCCUGCUUCUACUGGUGCUGCCAAGGCUGUCGGCAAGGUCAUCCCUGAGCUCAACGGCAAACUGACCGGCAUGGCCUUCCGUGUCCCCACCCCCAAUGUGUCCGUGGUUGACCUGACAGUCCGUCUGGAGAAACCCGCCAAAUAUGAUGACAUCAAGAAGGUUGUUAAGGAUGCAGCUGAAGGUCCCCUGAAGGGCAUCCUGGGAUACACAGAUCACCAGGUUGUCUCCACAGACUUCAACGGUGACUGCCACUCCUCCAUCUUUGAUGCCGGCGCUGGCAUCGCCCUGAACGACCACUUUGUCAAGCUGGUCUCAUGGUACGACAAUGAGUUCGGAUACAGCAACCGUGUCUGUGACCUGAUGGCUCACAUGGCCUCCAAGGAGUAAAUCUUCCAGCUGAGUGAUGUCACUGCACUUGGCUUCACCCACAUUCUCCUGAUUCCAGAGUUACACAUUUACAAUAAGGCUUUGUAUUUGUAUGACUCUGCCUGGUUCCAUGACCCCCAUUCUACGCCUGAGGAAUGGUCCCACUCAAAGCAAAGAUACAAAUUGCUGACCAAUAUUUUUUUUUGUAUUGUUGAAUUCCUCCCCUGUUCUUGUGUGAGAUGGUGAAGGUGUGAGAGUCUUUGUCUGUCUGUGGUACUGCGCUACUACAGUCAGUGGUGGAAUAAAGUCCUCCGUUUGUGAGAUU